AUGGCCGAUAGAAAGAGCUCGAGUCCUGAGGGCCGCAAGAGCUCCUCCUCGCCUGGACCGUUCCGCCGCCAGCGAGCUCCAACCAUUACCAUUGACACAUCCGCUGUCAACAACAACAACCCGGACAUGGGAAAUGCCGUGCCGCUCGGCAACCUCGGCGACAGCAUCCACACCCUUCACACACAACGAUCGGAGACAAGCUUCUCGACCCAGUCUCAGACUCGCUCUUCGCCCGUCGACCUGCGCAACCCCAACUCAUUCGACAGCUCUCAGGAUCGCCCGACAUCCCCGCACAAUGUAUCCUCGCCGUCGAACCGCUGGGGCAACGAUCCCAAUGUCUUCUUGUCCGUUCCGAACCCGCGGUCUCGAGGUAACUCUCUGGACUCGCAGACGGAGAAUGGACAGUCCUUGGGUACUACCGAGACAUACGUCAAUAGCUCCCCGACCACGACGAAUAAACAACAAAUCGGUCACGACGAGAUUCUUAACGAUCAGGACGCCCUGAAACCGGACCCGGGCACUGAGCACGAGUUCGAAGUCGAGGAUAAUAAGUUCGCUUUCUCGCCCGGACAGCUGUCCAAGCUGUACAACCCUAAAAGUCUAGGCGCCUUCCAUGCGUUGGGAGGACUGAACGGUUUGACCAAAGGUCUAAGGACGGAUCGCAAAAGCGGUCUUAGCAUGGACGAAGAGGGUCUUGAUGGCCAUGUUUCUUUCGAGGAUGCCACCACCCCUUCGUCUACCGAGACUGAUAGAAAGGGUGUUGCUAACCUUGAGCGAACUGCUACAACACACUCCCAGAAGCAUGGAACUAGGCCGCAAGCAUAUUCGGACCGUAAGAGAGUUUUCUCUGAUAAUAGGCUCCCCGAGAAAAAACCCAAGAGUAUCUUGCAGUUGGCAUGGAUGGCCUACAACGACAAGGUCCUGAUUCUGCUUACAAUUGCCGCCGUUAUUUCGCUCGCCCUUGGACUUUACGAAACAUUCGGUCAAUCACACGAGGAUGGAGAGCCUAAAGUGGAAUGGGUUGAAGGUGUUGCCAUCAUGGUCGCCAUCGCCAUUGUCGUCGUCGUCGGAGCUGUCAACGAUUGGCAGAAGGAAAGGCAGUUCGUGAAGCUCAACAAGAAAAAAUCCGACCGAUUGGUCAAAGUCAUCCGGUCUGGCAAGACAAGGGAAAUUUCGGUAUACGAUGUGCUUGUCGGCGACAUCAUGCUUCUUGAACCCGGCGACAUGGUUCCCGUUGACGGUAUCUUCAUCGAGGGCCACAAUGUCAAAUGCGACGAAUCUUCCGCCACUGGAGAAUCCGAUGUUUUGAAGAAAAUCCCGGCCGACGACGUAUACCGAGCAAUGGAAGCCGGCCACAGCGUCCGCAAGAUGGACCCCUUCAUUCUUUCCGGCGCAAAGGUUUCCGAGGGCGUUGGUUCUUUCAUCGUCACAGCCACUGGCGUCCACUCGAGUUACGGCAAGACUAUGAUGGCCCUCCGCGAAGACAGCGAGGUCACUCCGCUGCAGUCGAAGUUGAACGUCCUCGCCGAAUACAUCGCCAAGCUUGGUGGUGGUUCUGCGUUGCUCCUCUUCAUCGUCCUCUUCAUCGAAUUCCUUGUCAGGCUGAAGAGUAGCGAUGCUACUCCGGAAAAGAAGGGCCAGAACUUCCUGGAUAUUCUGAUCGUCGCCAUCACCGUCAUCGUCGUCGCCGUUCCGGAAGGUCUUCCUCUCGCCGUCACUCUCGCACUGGCCUUUGCCACGACCCGAAUGUUGAAGGACAACAACCUGGUCCGUCUGCUUCGUUCCUGUGAGACCAUGGGCAACGCUACCACGGUCUGUUCCGAUAAAACAGGAACACUCACCCAAAACAAAAUGACUGUGGUUGCAGGAUCGCUAAGCACGGCCCUUCGCUUCGGUGACCGUAAGCUCAAGCAGGACGCUGCCAACAAGGGCAAGCAGACUUCCGAGGACAAUGGCGACGACGUUUCUCCUAGUGAAUUCGUUUCCAAUCUUGGUGCAGAGCUCAAAGAGCUUUUCAAACAAUCCAUCGUCAUCAACUCGACCGCCUUUGAGGGCGAAGAGGACGGCAAACCCGCUUUCAUCGGUUCGAAGACCGAGACGGCUCUGCUCAACUUUGCCCGCGACUAUCUGGGAAUGGGCACAGUCUCCACGGAAAGAUCAAACGCCAGCAUCGUCCAGUUGGUACCCUUUGACUCAGGCCGGAAAUGCAUGGCCGCUGUUGUCAAGCUUGAAGACGGCAGGUAUAGGGUGUACGUCAAAGGCGCCUCUGAAAUUCUGCUGGCGAAGGCGGAAACCAUCGUCGACAGCGCCAAGGAUCUCUCUACUCGACCCCUCUCUUCCGAUGUGCGCGAAAUGCUCAAUCACUUGAUUGAGACGUAUGCAUCUCGGUCGCUCCGCACAAUCGGGUUCUUGUACAAGGAUUUCGAACAGUGGCCGCCAAAGGGCGCUCGCGCGCUGGAGGACGAUGCUUCUCAGGCCAACUUUGAUGACGUCUUCCACGACAUGGUUUUCCUCGGUCUCGUUGGUAUCCAGGAUCCUCUCCGCGACGGUGUUCCUGAAGCUGUCCAGGACUGCAAGAAGGCCGGUGUUUUUGUGCGCAUGGUUACUGGUGACAACGUCUUGACGGCCAAGGCUAUCGCAGAAGAAUGCGGCAUUCUCGUUCCCGGUGGUAUUGUCAUGGAAGGACCCAAGUUCAGGAAGCUGGGAAAGCGAGAAAUGGACCAAGUCAUUCCCAAGCUCUGCGUCCUCGCUCGUUCUAGCCCUGAAGACAAAAGGAUCCUGGUCAAACGCCUCAAGGAACUUGGCGAGACGGUUGCCGUUACCGGUGAUGGUACCAACGACGCUCCUGCUCUCAAGACCGCCGAUAUCGGCUUUUCCAUGGGAAUAGCUGGUACGGAAGUUGCCAAGGAGGCGUCGGCUAUUAUCCUCAUGGAUGACAACUUCUCGUCGAUUGUCAAGGCUCUGCUGUGGGGUCGUGCCGUCAACGAUGCUGUCAAGAAGUUCCUGCAGUUUCAACUUACGGUCAACAUCACGGCUGUACUGCUGACUUUCGUGUCAGCUGUCGCCAGCUCUGACCAAACCUCGGUUCUUACUGCCGUUCAGCUUCUCUGGGUCAACCUGAUCAUGGACACGUUCGCUGCCUUGGCUCUUGCUACCGAUCCGCCUACUCUCAGCCUGCUUGACCGGAAGCCUGAUCCCAAGUCCGCCCCCCUCAUCACGGUUACCAUGUGGAAGAUGAUCAUUGGCCAGGCCAUUUAUCAGCUUGUUGUAACCUUCAUCCUCUAUUUCGCUGGCAAGAGCAUCCUCUCGUACGAUAGCGAACACGAACAAGACCAACUCAGCACGCUGGUCUUCAACACGUUCGUAUGGAUGCAGAUCUUCAACCAGGUCAACAACAGGCGACUGGACAACAAGUUCAACGUCUUUGAGGGCAUGCACCGCAACUACUUCUUCAUUUUCAUCAACCUCAUCAUGAUUGGCGGUCAGAUCAUGAUCAUCUUCGUGGGUGGCGCUGCCUUCUCGGUGAAGCCACUCAAUGGGGCUCAGUGGGGUUACUCAAUUGUUCUCGGCUUCCUCUCCCUUCCGGUUGGUGUCAUCAUCCGAUUGAUUCCGGAUGAGUUGGUCGCUAGCCUGAUCCCGGCCCGGUUCAAGCGCAAGCCUACGCCGGACCUGGUCUUGUCGGAUGACUACGAGUGGAACCAGAGUCUUCUCGAGAUUCGUGAUGAGCUCGCGUUCAUUAAGAGGAUCCGUGGUGGUCGUCUCAGCGGGCUCAAGUUCAAGCUCCAGCAUCCUCGGGAAGCAGCUCGUGAAGUGUUCAGCCGUUCGCGCAGCAGCCACUCGCUCCCCCAGACGCCAAACAACGAGCGAAGCGACAAUGAGGGUGGAUCUCCCGCGCCUCCCACGCCCAUCAGCUCCCAUUCCCGUAGCCGCAACCGGUCGCGCUCGAACUCGGCAUUCGGACCUGCAGCAGCCAUGGCUGGCAUUGUUGCAGGAAGUAUUGCCGGAUGGUCACCGAUUGAGCGGCGCGAUGGGGACAACGGCGAGGGCGUCUCGUUUGCACGUGGGCGGGCGGACAUUGAGUCUCAAGAGGGAGUCAGCGUGCACUCGGGCACUCGGAGCGAGGACCCAGUGAUUGUCAAGGACGGUCCUACUCCUGGAGUUCCUCCCAGCCAAAGCAACGAGACUACGCCGGCAUUCGGAGUCGGGCCUUUUGCUGAUCAACCUAAGCUGGACAAGCAAGAGAGGAGUGAGUGA